CAAAAUGAGAGUCAGCUGCACAGGAGGAGCAGAUGUGAGACGCGCAGCAUAGGCGCCAGACGCGCCGCGUUCAUUAGCGGCGGAUAUAUUAACUGGAAUAACCGGAUUAUGAUGAUUUGAGGAGGAGAAGUCGCCUGAAUCCGGUGUCCUACAAGGCGAGGGAUUAAAGUUAGGUGUAGUCACUCCUCCAGAGCUGCCGUCAUGGGAAUAGACCGGCGGCGGAGAGCUUCUCUGGCUCUCACCUUGAACUUCCUCGCCUUGUUUCUGGCCGUGUCGGCGCUCACCACUAGCUACUGGUGCGAGGGGACGCGUAAAGUGGUGAAACCAUACUGCACCGGACCGGUCACCACCAAGCAGUCCUUUUGCAUCGUUUUCAACAGCUCAAACAUCAACGACACACGCCUGGUCCAGUACAUCUGGGAGACCGGGGAAGAUAAGUACGUGAUGAGGAAGUUUCACACCGGCAUCUGGUUCUCCUGCGAGCAGAACAUCAACAUGACCGGUGAAAAAUGCAGGAACUUCAUUUAUGUUGCACCACCACAUGAAAGAGGAGUGUUGUGGCUGUGCAUUGUGGCGGAGUGCCUGUACAUCCUCCUCCUGGCCACCGGGGGCAUCCUCAUGUCUCUGGAGGUGUGCCACUUCGGCAACGUCAUCGACGGCCUCAAGCUCAACGCCUUCGCUGCCAUUUUCACUGUUCUCUCAGGUCUGUUAGGAAUGGUGGCCCACAUGAUGUUUACCACAGCCUUCCAGCUGACUGUAAGUCUGGGCCCAGAGGACUGGAAACCUCAAACAUGGGACUACAGCUGGUCAUACAUUUUGGCGUGGAGUUCCUUCACGGCCUGUAUGGCGUCCUCGGUCACUACCAUCAACCGCUACACCAAAACCAUCCUGGAGUUCAAGCACAAGCGCAGGAACAUUGAGAAGAACCUGAAGAUCAAGCAAAAGCUGUUGGAGCUGGACUCUCCGGAGCAGGUGUGGGACAUGUACAUCAGCUCGAUGCCGAGCACCACCGAGGAGCUGCUGGACCUGUCGUCAAACGGCCGCAAACUCUCCAACGCCUCCAUCUUCCUGGACCUUAAUGACCUUCCUGAUCCACAGGGAGAGGAGUACUGCUAGACCAGCAGGGUGCAGCAUUUUCAAACUUCAGCAUGUCACUGUCAUGUUCAGUGCGAUGCAGUAACUUUACUGUAAACAAACUGAGACCCUGGUUGAUGGUUAGUUAUUCCACCACAAUCCUAAUACCACAUGAUUUGGCUAGCAUACUAGUCAGCAGUUUCAACGUUUAACAGACAGAACAAAGUUAGCAAUAAGUUAAAUUCAUUUCUAGUCCACCUGAUAAAUACAAGUCUGACAUUCGCUUUAACCUGGGUUCAUCCAUUCUGCUUGACAGCAUCAUGAGAACAGAUGAUGUCAAACUGUGCCAAAAGGCCAUUUUGGAGACCUCACCCGAACUAAAACCUCUAAUUUUAAUGUUCUGGCUCACUUCAUCAAAGGUGGUCUUUACAGAUAUAACAUUUAUAAAUUAUAGUAAUGAUGUGAUAGAGGUUUAGAGCUAAAACUUCACAAUUAUGAAGGGAUGUUUAUGUUCAUCCUGAAACUGUUUUUUUAAAGAAAAGCCUAAACCUUUUUCAUUGAUGGUAUGUACCAUUUUUAAUUAUUCUUCAU